UGCUGACAGCAAGGGUCUUCCCCUAACCUAGACUCUGUUUCUCUUUACCUCCAUCUUGCCCGCUCGCUCCCCAAAUAGACGUUGUUAGAGCAGCAGCCCCUCCCCAGAGCAAUGGUACUCCGUGUGGAGCUGGUCCUGGUUCUCCGCACCCUGAUAACCUUCCUGAGUCCCCAGGGAGUACGGGCCAUCAAGGCUGACCACAUGGGCUCCUACGGGCCGGCCUUCUACCAGUCUUACGAUGCUUCUGGACAGUUCACACACGAAUUCGAUGGGGAACAAAUUUUCUCUGUGGACCUGAAGAGCAGGGAGGUCGUGUGGCGUCUGCCUGAGUUUGGGGACUUCCUAUACUCGAACUUUCAGAGUGGGCUGAACAGCAUUGCCAUGAUCGGAGCUCAUCUGGACGUCUUGGUGGAACGCUCCAACCGAACCAGAGCCAUCAGUGUGCCUCCCAGGGUGACCGUCCUCCCCAAGUCUCGCGUGGAGCUGGGAAAGCCCAAUGUCCUCAUCUGCAUGGUGGAAGAUAUCUUUCCCCCUGUGAUCAGCAUCACCUGGCUGCGCAACAACCAGCCCGUCACCAAGGGAGUGACCCAGACCAGCUUCUACUCCCAGCCUAACCACAGGUUCCGGAAGUUCCACUACCUGACCUUCGUGCCCUCAGCCGAGGACGUGUACGACUGCAGGGUAGAGCACUGGGGCCUGGACGCACCGCUCCUGCGGCACUGGGAGCCCCAGGUGCUUACCCCACCACCAGACACCACAGAGACGCUGGUCUGUGGCCUGGGCCUGGCCGUCGGCUUUGUGGGCUUCCUUCUGGGCACGGUUCUCAUCAUCACAGGUAACCACUCCUAUAAGAGAACCCCGUGAGAGAUGCCCUGUGGAUUCCCCGCAAGCUUCUGGAAGCUUCUGCAUGCUCAGCUCUAGCCUACUACAUUGCUGACCUCCAGUGGCAUCGACCUCUGUUCUACAGGUCCCUCAUUUUCUGGCCCCCAAACUCCAGGUAGAACUUGGGGGGCACAGUCUGUGACCCUCCUACCCAGUGCACCCACAGCUCUGAUUCAUCCAAACCUCUGGCAGCCGCACUAAAUUCUCUUAUGGUGUUUGCCCUUUGU